GAUACAGACUAUAACAAUUAUGGCACAGAGUUUUAUAUAAAUUGCGGAAUCACAUUGACUCGUACAUUACGUUCCACUACAUCACACUUCACUAAACCACUUCUAGCAAUCACAUUCGCUAUAUGCUGCGUUCAUAACUUCUAUAAGAAACCUCUACUGGACAACUCGAUUUUGAAAUCCCAAAUCCAAACUCACGUCUCAGAAACAUGCUCCUAACAUCGGGGCAAGUUUCAGUCGCCAUUUCUUCCUUUAUCGUAUUUUUCUUUACGGCCGCACUCUUCCUCUCCGGUUAUGUCCUUCAGCAGCAAACAGUGCGUGAUCUAAGAGAGGCUAUCAAGCCCCAGUUCCAAGCAAAGUUGGUGGGGUUGGAAGUUCCAGAUAAUCUAAAUAUCAAUGCGGAUAGGAGUGGAAGGAAAGGUCAGGUGGAGGUUUUUUUGCCCAAGAAGUUCGAGAAUAACGCGGUGCAAGAGGGAAACAUAAGAGCGGAAAUCAAAAGAGAUAUAGAGGAGGAGAGUGAAGAAAUGAUUCGAAAGAAUGGAAAGAAUAUAAGGGUGAGGGGGAAGGAGAGUGAAGUGUGGAGUGAGGUUGAGAUUGAGAUUGAGGAGAGUGCCAUAGAGGAACGGAAGGACUACGGGAGUGUCGAAGGUGAGGAUACUAGGCCGGUGGAUAAUACAGAGGAUGCUAGAAGAGGGGGAGGAGGGGGGAUUUCAAUUCCAGAAAAACCGUUAAGCCGUGCAGAAAGGAGGAGGAGGAUCAAAGAAGACCUCGUAACAUCAGGGGAAGGGGAAACGUUUAAUGGGUAUCGAAGGCGUAUUCCGGGCGCUUGACCUUGAACUGCAUGUUGGGCGUUUUAGUACACGGAAACAGGAAAUAUUACAAUGGGAUAUAUCAUAUACAUCUGGAGUUUGGAAGAAUCGAAUUGGACGGUUCAGGGCGGAUAUACCAUGCAAGCAUAAGGGAUUUACAUCUUCAUUUCAUUCAUUAUACUAAAGUGGAAGUCGUGAGAAAUGAUUAGUCAUUUAUAGACGAAUACCAGUGUAUUUCGACGUACUAUUGAAAGAGUGUAUAUCGUUCUAAUAUACAUAUUUUAAAACAUUAUGAGUUCGUAAAAGCA